AACCGCCACAUUCCCACCCCUUCUGCUCUGCCCCGCACUGUCCAGUUGCCACCGAAUGCAGGCAGCGAGUCCAACAUGGUAGAGUCGCCUGAAUCAUCGGGGACCAAUGCUCGAGGAGCAUCCGCUGUCGACAAUCCAUUCUGCGCAGCAAACAUUGAUGUUACUAAUUUUCUCAAUCUGAACUCACAUCUCAGUCACGAUGACUUUUGUCUCGCUUACGUGUUCACCUACCGCGACUUUACAGGUGGCACCCUUGGCCUUGCUUGGGUGGCAGAGCCCGGGGGUUCAGGGGGGGUAUGUGAGAAGCACCGCUUGAUGCGAGAGGGUUCCCAGAACGUCUACAAAAGCCUGAACACGGGCAUCGUAACUCUUCUCAAUUACGGCGCCCACGUAAUUUGA